CUUCGUGUAUUCUUCAGUUGCUUCAUUGACUAACGCCUUUUGCACAUAGCACCUCUGGCCAAGAUGGCGGCUACGUUAGGACGAAUUUGUAAAUCUGGUCUUUUAAAACCGAAUUAUGGAACUUUGGUCAAUCAGACCAAUAAUUUCUCCACUACAAAAGAAUGGUCCAGAGGUCGAAAAUUGUUAGUAACGUGUUUAGGAAUAACUGCUGGUGGUAUUGGAGCUUUAAUUUAUGCUCUAGAUAGUUCUGUAAAAGCCGGCGAUCUGGCGGUUCAUCCUGCGAGAUAUAAAUGGGAUUUUUAUGGAAUGUUUAACUCGUUGGAUCAUGCAAGCGUGCGACGAGGAUGGGAAGUAUAUAAAAAUGUAUGCUCCGCUUGUCACAGUUUGCAGUAUGUAGCAUAUCGUCAUCUGGUAGGCGUUAGUCAUACAGAGAAAGAAGCGAAAGCUCUUGCUGCUGAAAUACAGGUACAAGAUGGUCCAGACGCCACUGGAGAAUACUUUAUGCGUCCAGGAAAAUUAUCGGACUAUGUUCCAAGCCCAUAUCCAAAUGAGGAAGCCGCUAGAGUGGCUAACAAUGGCGCCUUACCACCUGACCUUUCGCUAAUCCUCAAUGCUAGGCACGACGGAGAGAACUAUAUAUUCUCUCUGUUGACCGGAUAUUGUGAUCCACCGGCUGGAAUUAAACUACAAGAAGGUCAAUACUUUAAUCCAUAUUUCUUAGGUGGUGCUAUCGGUAUGGGACAGGUCAUUUACGACGAAGUCUUGGAGUUUGAAGAUGGUACUCCUGCUACCGCUUCUCAAAUAGCUAAAGACGUUACCACUUUCCUUAUGUGGACGUCCAAUCAUGAAUAUGAUGACAGAAAAAAAUAUACCAUCAAGACCAUUGGAAUAGGUAUUCUUCUCAUAAGCGGCGCAAUUUACCUAAAGAGGCACACAUGGACUACCGUUAAAAACACAAAACUACUUUUCGUCCCCAAAAAGUAGUGUAAUUAUUUCGAGAUAAGUCCGUUGAAGCAUCAGCUUAAAGAAAUUGUCUUGGCGAUGUUAGCAUCAAGGGAUCUAAUGUAGUUUUAUAAAUUAAUUAAUAUAAUCGGAAAUUUUUAGCACUUUCCAGACUCGCAAGCUGCCAAUAUAGCAUUUGAUGCAUGUUCGAUUCAUUAAAAAUUUUCAAGUCAAUAUACUUGUACAUUGUACAUAAAUAAUAUGCAAACAAUGUUAUCAUCGGCCGACAUAAAUAAAUUGUUAAAAGUAA